CGGCAGCUCGGUUCUGGGGCCUAACAUUGCGCUGCGGCGGCCGCGGUGUCCCUGUGCUCUCCCGAUCUCUCUCGUAGACAUGUUUGCACCUCUGUGCGGUGUGCUGCUGCUGCUUUGCUCCCUGCAGCCGCUCGGUUCCCGGGCCGGGGGAGGGAAGUAUUCCCGGGACGUGAAUGAGAACCGGGCCGACGAGGAGGUGGUGGAGUUCCGGAUACAGAGGCUGAACCAAGUGUGGGAGAAGGCGCAGAGACUCCAGUUUUCUGCUGUAAAAUUAGCUGAACUUCACAGUGAUCUGAAGAUACAGGAGAAGGAUGAGCUGAACUGGAAAAAGCUGAAGGCAGAAGGAUUAGACGACGAUGGCGAAAAAGAGGCCAAGCUCCGACGCUCUCUAAACGUAAUAUUGGCCAAGUAUGGAUUGGACGGCAGAAAGAAAACAGAGACUGAAGAUAAUAAUUAUAUUAAAGACGGCACAGAGAACGAUGUGUUAAAUGAUCCACGUUUGGAGAAGCUGUGGAACAAGGCAAAGACAUCUGGGAAAUUUUCAGAAGAGGAGGAGGACAACUUGUGGCGGGAGUUCCUCCAUCAUAAGGAGAAGAUGAAUGAGUACAAUAUUUUGCUUGACACUGUGAGCAGGACUGAAGAGAGCCACAAAAAUGUUAUCAAUCCAGAUGAACAUGAGAUCAAGACAGAAGACCUGCACAGCAAACAUGCCGAUCUGAAGGACAAACUCCGAAGCAUAAACCAUGGAUUUGAACGUCUUCGUAAAAUAAGUCAUGAGGGUUACAGCGGUGAAAGAGAUUUUAAUGAGCCAAGAGUAAAUGACUUGUGGGACAUGGCAAGGAGUGCAAACUUUUCUCAGAGCGAACUGGAAUCAUUCAAGGAGGAACUGAAACAUUUUGAAACAAAAAUUGAGAAACACCAACACUAUCAGAAGCAGCUUGAGAUCUCACAUGAGAAGCUGAGGCACAUCGCAGAGAUUGGGGACAAAGAGCAUCUGAAGAAGAGCAAAGAGAAGUAUAACGCCCUCACUGACAAGAUCAAGGAGCUGGGUUACAAGGUAAAGAAGCAUCUCCAGGACUUAACAAGUCGCGUGUCUAAGGACGGGCUCCCCCACAAUGAAUUGUGAUAGAAAUACGAGGUGAAAAAAAAGAGACAUUCCAGUACGCUAACACGAAAGGCCGAAUCGAGUGUACUCGCCGACCGCUGUAUUGAAAGCUCCCCGCUUCUGUCAGGACUGCGGGAGACGUUCCUUAGCAGAUGUGCUCUUCAUCUUGAUGCAUCUCAUGGCUUCCUCAGACGAAGCAUUCAGUCUGUCCAGACACAUUUCUUUGUUAUUUUCUUU